AUGCCACCUCGCGAUGAGUCGGAGCUCGACCCAGUUACACUCCACAACCAGGCCCUCAUCGAGAUGGACGAGAAGCCGACCGAAGGCUUCCGCAAGCUUAACUUUCUGCUUAACCAGCAGCCAUCGCCACCAGAGACUUUUGUAAACCUGCUCCUGCUGUAUUGCAAGUACAGUUACUAUGACCUAGCCGCUGACAUUCUGGCAGAGAAUGCUGAGUUGACCUACAAGAAUAUGAAGCCUGAGGAUUACGAGUUUUUGGAUGCGCUGAUAUUGGGCCAGUCUUCACCUGAAGAAGCGUACCGGCGCUUCGAUGAGCUGUCUGCAAAGCACGUGGAGAUGUUGCGGAAAGGAACUAAAAACAUCCAGGACGCAAGGAGGCAGCGGGAUCAAACGCAGGUGAAGAAGUACCUAGCCGAGUUCGAUGAUGCGCUGGCGAAGUACAUACCGGUGCUCAUGGGCCAGGCCAAGAUCUAUUGGGAGUUGGAGAAUUACUCCAUGGUGGAAAAAAUCUUCCGCCAGUCUGCUGAAUUCUGCAGUGAAGAUGAGUCCUGGAAGCUGAACGUGGCCCACAUCUUCUUCAUGCAGGAAAAAUUCAAGGAGUGCAUCCGCUACUAUGAGCCGUUCGUGCGAAAGCACAACGACGACCUGUUGAACGUGACAGCGAUCAUCCUCGCCAAUCUUUGCGUGGCGUAUGUCAUGACCUCGGCUAACGAGGAGGCCGAGGAACUGAUGAGACUGGUCGAGCGUGAGGAGGAGAAGGUGAAGGACCCGUCGAAACCGGUCUACCACCUGUGCAUUAUCAAUUUGGUGAUUGGAACGCUCUACUGCACGAAGGGCAACUUUGAGUUCGGUAUCAGCCGAAUCAUCAAGUCCCUGGAGCCGUACGACAAAAAGAUCGGCGUCGACACCUGGUACUAUGCAAAGCGAUGUAUGCUGGCUCUUGCGGAGACGCUGGCGAAGAACAUGGUCGUGCUCAACGACGAAGUCUUCGACGACAUCAUAGCCUUCCUAGAUUCAGCAGAUCAAGUUGGAAAAAACAUCGGCACCACCAUCAAUGUGGUCGAGGCCGCUAAUGAAGAUGCAGCGAGCAAGCGCACAGUUUCGCAAGAAGCACGAAUGAUCAAGCGUGGCUUGGACAUAUUCAUGCACGUCUUUUUUGGCGACCGCAGGGGCUGGCAUAUGCUUCUUCCUGAAACUCAGGGACUGAUGCUCAAGGUGGUCUCCUCCUCUGAGGGCGCCAGCGAUUCGAGAGGGUCGCCGCGGACCUCUGAGCCUGGGGUAUUUCCGGUUUCACCACAAAUACGCAAAGCUAACGAGGAAGCGCCACGCACGGUCCAGCAGACGCCUACAUCGCACAGCCACGGGACCAGCCUGGGUAUCAUCCGCAGUCACGGAACACAGACAAGGAGAUGUUUCACCACAGUUACGGGUAUGUGCAGCUUCCGGGAGAUGGGCCACGACUUUGACAGGAACAAUCCACGACGCGCUGCCAGACAAUCGGCAUGCAUAAAGGUUGUUUCAAGACAGUGUAGCUAA